AUGGAUGUCAAGGACCGGCGCCACCGCUCUCUGACCAGAGGACGGUGUGGCAAAGAGUGUCGCUACACGAGCUCGUCCCUGGACAGCGAGGAUUGCCGUGUGCCCACGCAGAAAUCCUACAGCUCCAGUGAGACUCUGAAGGCCUAUGACCAUGACAGCAGGAUGCACUAUGGAAACCGAGUCACUGACCUUGUGCACCGGGAGUCAGAUGAGUUUCCUAGACAAGGGACUAACUUCACCCUUGCGGAACUGGGCAUCUGUGAGCCCUCCCCGCAUCGAAGUGGCUACUGUUCCGACAUGGGCAUCCUGCACCAGGGCUAUUCCCUGAGCACAGGCUCUGACGCGGACUCUGACACCGAGGGCGGGAUGUCCCCUGAACAUGCCAUCAGACUGUGGGGGAGAGGGAUAAAAUCCAGGCGCAGCUCCGGCCUGUCCAGUCGUGAAAACUCAGCCCUUACCCUGACUGAUUCUGACAACGAAAAUAAGUCAGAUGACGAGAACGGUCGUCCCAUUCCACCUACAUCCUCGUCUAGCCUCCUCCCAUCUGCUCAGCUGCCUAGCUCCCAUAAUCCUCCACCAGUUAGCUGCCAGAUGCCUUUGCUAGACAGCAACACCUCCCAUCAGAUCAUGGACACCAACCCCGAUGAGGAGUUCUCCCCCAAUUCCUACCUACUCAGGGCAUGUUCAGGCCCCCAGCAAGCCUCCAGCAGCGGUCCUCCAAACCACCACAGCCAGUCCACCCUGCGGCCACCUCUCCCACCCCCGCACAACCACACGCUCACUCAUCAGCACUCCUCAGCCAACUCCCUCAACAGGAGCUCGCUGACCAGCCGACGGAGCCAGAUCCACGCCCCGGCCCCUGCACCCAACGACCUGGCCACCACGCCUGAGUCCGUCCAGCUUCAGGACAGCUGGGUGCUAAACAGCAGCGUGCCACUGGAGACCCGGCACUUCCUCUUUAAGACCUCAUCCGGAAGCACUCCCCUGUUCAGCAGCUCUUCUCCGGGAUACCCCUUGACCUCAGGGACCGUUUACACCCCACCGCCCCGCCUGCUGCCCCGGAACACCUUCUCCAGGAAGGCCUUCAAGCUGAAGAAGCCGUCCAAGUACUGCAGCUGGAAAUGCGCCGCCUUGUCUGCCAUUGCUGCGGCCCUCCUCCUGGCCAUCCUGCUGGCGUAUUUCAUAGCAAUGCAUUUGCUCGGACUCAAUUGGCAACUCCAGCCUGCAGAUGGACACACCUUUAACAAUGGGAUAAGGACCGGCCUGCCAGGAAGCGAUGAUGUGGCAACAGUGCCCUCUGGAGGCAAAGUGCCCUGGUCAUUGAAAAACAGCAGCAUAGACAGUGGCGAAGCAGAAGUUGGUCGGCGGGUGACGCAGGAGGUGCCACCAGGGGUGUUUUGGAGGUCACAGAUUCACAUCAGUCAGCCACAGUUCUUAAAGUUCAACAUUUCCCUGGGGAAGGACGCGCUCUUUGGUGUUUACAUAAGAAGGGGACUUCCACCAUCCCAUGCGCAGUAUGACUUCAUGGAGCGCCUGGACGGGAAGGAGAAGUGGAGCGUGGUGGAGUCACCCCGGGAGCGGCGCAGCAUUCAGACCCUGGUGCAGAACGAGGCUGUGUUCGUGCAGUACCUGGACGUGGGCCUGUGGCACCUGGCCUUCUACAAUGAUGGCAAAGACAAGGAGACGGUGUCCUUCAACACGGUCGUCUUAGAUUCGGUGCAGGACUGUCCUCGGAACUGUCACGGGAAUGGCGAGUGUGUGUCCGGCCUGUGUCACUGCUUCCCAGGGUUCCUAGGCGCAGACUGUGCUAAAGCUGCCUGCCCCGUCCUGUGCAGUGGAAACGGACAGUACUCCAAAGGAGCGUGCCAGUGCUACAGUGGCUGGAAAGGCGCCGAGUGUGACGUCCCCAUGAAUCAGUGCAUCGACCCUUCCUGCAGUGGCCACGGCUCCUGCAUUGACGGGAACUGUGUGUGCUCUGCGGGCUACAAAGGGGAGCACUGUGAGGAAGUUGACUGCUUGGACCCCACCUGCUCCAGCCAUGGCGUCUGUGUGAAUGGGGAAUGCCUCUGCAGCCCUGGCUGGGGUGGCCUCAACUGUGAGCUGGCAAGGGCCCAGUGUCCUGACCAGUGUGGUGGGCAUGGCACGUACCUCCCCGACACGGGCCUCUGUAGCUGCGACCCCAACUGGAUGGGCCCCGACUGCUCUGUUGAAGUGUGUUCAGUAGACUGUGGUACUCACGGCGUCUGCAUCGCGGGAGCCUGCCGCUGCGAAGAGGGCUGGACAGGCGCGGCUUGCGACCAGCGCGUGUGCCAUCCCCGCUGCAUUGAGCACGGGACCUGUAAAGAUGGCAAAUGUGAAUGCCAAGAGGGCUGGAAUGGUGAACACUGCACCAUUGGUAGGCAAACGACAGGCACCGAAACAGGCACAUAUUGCUUUAUUUUCAUAAAUCGUAGAUCGAUAGUGACGGUCGCGCAUUGCAACUGGCUGUUCCUCCAGGGACACGCGUGCUCCCCCACAUUCCCGCUGCCUCUCCAAAUCUCCAGGGAGACAGGGAAAAGCAAAAACGAGGGCCCUCCUUUGGAAAAAGGAGUCCAGGUUGGGAGGAAAGGGAUCCACCCUGAUAAGAAAAUCUAUCCAAAUCGCUGA